UGGGCUCUUGCCUCAGCCUCCCAAAGUACUGGGAUUACAUGUGUGACCCACUGCACCUGGCCAGAAUUUCCCUCAUUUGAUUUCAUAGGCUCUAUCUGCAUAAACUGGUUUCAACUAUCAAAAUCUGAAUCAAUUUUAAAAAAUAGUCAUUAAAAACAAAAAGCCCUUCUACUCACGUGGGUUUUCAAAAAAAAAAACAAAACAAACAAAAAGCCUUUUUCCAACGGCAGGAUCUGGGCAAGGGGCGGCGCCGCCAUGUCCGGCCGUGAAAGUGGCAAGAAAAAGCCCCUGAAACAGCCCAAGAAGCAGACCAAGGAGAUGGACGAGAAAGAUAAGGCGUUCAAGCAGAAACAAAAAGAAGAGCAGAAGAAACUCGAGGAGCUAAAAGCGAAGGCCGCAGGGAAGGGCCCCCUGGCUACCGGUGGAAUUAAGAAAUCUAGCAAAAAGUAAGCUGUUCUUGUGCCUGAGGCGAUGAUGACCCUUGAUUCCUAUUUAAACAUCUGUAUUCCCUGCCAUAACAUCUUUUGCCACCUAUAGCUAAAAUGAAGUGUUGUCUUGGAGCCUAUUGUACAUUUAAGAAUAAACUUUUGUUAA